AUGGAAUCUCUGUCUAUUUACUCACCAAAAAACAGUGAUUUGGAUCCAUGGGAUUCGAAAAAUUCACUGGAUGAGACACAUCAUGAGGAGGGGAUUAAUGCAGGAUAUACAGAUGGUUUAGUUUCAGGAAAAGAAGAAGGAAAACAAGUAGGUUUAACAUUAGGAUUUGAAGUUGGAGCUGAAUUAGGGUAUUAUCAAGGUUGUUUAGAUGUUUGGAACUCAGCUAUUAAAAUUGACCCACAUUGUUUUUCAUCUAGGAUGCAAAAGAAAAUUAAAGAGAUGACUGAAUUGAUCAAAACGUAUCCAGUUUUUGAUCCUGAGAAUGAGAAUGUUCAAGAUAUCAUGGAUGCCCGAAUCAAAAAAGAAGAUAGUGCUUUGAGAUUGAAAAUUAAACCCAUUGCAUCUAAAUUUAAAAUGAAAUUGGAGAACCAUGUGAAAAGCCUUGAUAUUGAAGAGUAG